AUGCAGAAUCCGUCGCUGCGCGCCGUCAUAGUCGGCCUUGUCGCCCUCGCAGGCACCACAUCCGCAUCCGUGUCUCUCGCUAGCUUCAUACCGCGCAUCGACAACCUCCCAGCACAGUGUGCGAGCGUCUACAACUCCAGGAUCGACGGCUGCACGCCCGACGAUUUCAAGCCCACCGCAACCUGCAGCGCUGUCUGCGUGCAAGGACUCGCCAAGAUCACGGAAGCGGUCAUCGCGCGUUGUAAGGAUGUUGAUGUCGGCGAGACGAGCAUUAUUGGCGUCUUCCAGAAUGGGCUUGGGAUUCAGGCCCUGUGUCCGGGUGUGACGGUCACGACUAUUUCUUCGAUUGCGUCAAGUACAAGGGCGGCUGUGCCAACGAGCACACGGGCAGUUGCCUCGACGACUUUGACGACUCCGACCACAUCUACAGCUUCAACAACUUCAACGCCUUCUACUUCACAAACCAAGGACGGCCAGCUGUCGAGCACAUCAUCAGGGGGAUUGCUCAUAGACCCGAGUGCAACCGGGACUUUUACAACAUCCACAGUGAAUGCGCCGCCUACGAGCGCUGGGCAACCCGGGGCUUCGUCGACGGGAAAUAGCAACGCAGUGAAACCAAGCCAGGUGCCGAACAGUCAGCUAUCGAACACAGACUCGGGAGGAGGGUCGCCAUUUGAUGUGGUUGCGACCGGUCUGGCCGGGCGACUGCAAGUCACGGAUGUCUGCACGGCGACUCUUCUUGCGAUAGCAUUGCUCGUUGUCGCAUGCGCCUAA